CCUCCUCCUCCUCUUCCCCCCACCUCCUGCUCUUUCUGCGCACAGUGCCUCUGUCCCACUGAGCAGCUGUGUUGUCAGUGGCUCCUGGUGAAGCAGUUGCUGCUGCUAAGCAUGUGCUCGGCUGCUCCACUUCCACAGGACAGAAGAGACGAUUAUCCUCAACACACAGGUUGCGGACAUGGACCACUGAGCACCCGGCUCCGAGACAAGAGCGCUGUCACCAAGCUGUUAUUCAUCCCUGCAUCAUGGAGGCUCAGCCUGGCGCAUCAUGGGAGCACAUCAACGGUGUGACAGAUACAAUAUAUGAGGGCUGAGAGGUCAUCAUGGAGACUGACAGCUACACCCUGAGCCCAGCCACCACUGACUGGGCUGGGACGUUGGACGGCCUGGAAAGAAUGGGACUCCUUCAGGAGCAGGGAGAGGGGGGCUCGCCCAGCAGCCCGGCAUCCUGGUACACGCCAUACUCGAUGGGCUUCCAGGUGUCACUCACCGGCUUCCUCAUGCUGGAGCUGGUGUUGGGUUUCAGCAGCAACCUGACUGUGCUGGUGCUCUACUGCUCUCAAUCUAAUUUAGUGGACUCGGUAAGCAAUAUGGUGACGGUGAAUCUGCAUGUGCUGGAUGUGGCAGUGUGUGUGCUGUGUCUACCCAUCACUUUGGUGGUCGUGCUGCUGCCUCCCGGACCGAACAUGGCCCUGCUCUGCUGCUUCCAUGAGGCCUGUGUCACCUUUGCCAGCAUAGCCACGGCCGUCAACAUCCUGGUCAUCAGCUUGGACCGAUAUGACAUCUCAGUGCGGCCGGCCAACAGGCUGCUGACCACACGUAGAGCAACGCUGCUUCUGGCUGCCGUUUGGCUCACCUCGGUGGCUGUGUUUUUUAUCCCAUUCUUGGAGGUGCAGUGGUCCAGUGGAGGAGGAGCAGAGGAAAGCGGGCAGGUGACACCCCUGUCGUUGUCCUCACAUGGCAUCAGUGCCACAGUGAUGCCAGCGUGGCGUAACCAGACACUGCUGUGUGUUGGCGGACAUGGCUACAACACAGGCCUGGGUAUGUAUUACCAUCUUAUCCUGCAGGUACCCAUCUUCUUCACCACAGUGGCAGUCAUGCUGUUCACCUACUCCAGAAUACUGAGAGCUUUAAACAUCCGCAUUGGCUCCCACAUGAAGAAGGGCCAGCGGUUCAGGGGGCCUCACAGGAGACAGAAAAUAAAAAAGGCGGGGCUCAGAAUGAAGGAUGGUGGGGAGGUAGGAGGGGAACAGUGCACCACAGAUGGCACCAAACAGCUCAGCCACCCUCCCCUCAUCCCUUCACCUUGCCCCACCCCCACAGCUACCUCCCCCCCUGCCCUGUCCUCUUCCGCCCCAUUCGUCACCUCUGACACGGGAGCUGCGACCUCCAUGCCAACCUCCAUGGGCGUCCAGGCAUCUGUGUCGGCCAUCAUUGCCCUGAGGCGGGCAGUGCGGCGACACAGGGAUCGGCGGGAGCGGCAGAGGCGGGUGUUCAGGAUGUCCCUCAUCAUUAUCACCACCUUCCUGGGCUGUUGGGCUCCACUCUCUGUGACCAACGUGCUCAUCCUGGGCAUCGGCCCCAGUGACGCCCUGGUAAGCCUGCGCCUCUGGUUCUUAGCCCUGGCCUACGGCACCACCGUCUCCCACCCUCUGCUCUACGCCUUCACCCGGCAGAAGCUGCGCCGUGCCCUCCGCGCUAAGGUUAAGAAGAGGGUGGUGUCCCUGCUUCAGGUGGACCCUUCACCAGGGGGCACCGUUAUACACAACUCCUGGGUGGAGAACAGGAAAACCAGCCGUAAGGUGCGGCUAGAAGCAAGUGAAGGUACCGACCGCUGCCUGGCAGAGGUCCUGUGAGACUGACACAGUAAUUUAAAAAACAUAAUAGAGUCACAGGUGUUUUUUCCAUUAUGAAACUCAAUGGUGCGUGAAGCCAGUGUAGGAAAUCUAAAAACACAUUCUCACCUCUGGGAGAUUUUUUAAUGUAACCACCAGCAGCUGCAAUCCCAUGCUAAACUCGGCUAACGUUCACCCAGGGCAGCAGUGGUGCACACUUCUGCAGCUGAAGAAAAUCACACAAUGACAAACACACACAUGUAUAUAAUCUGCACAAUAAUUUCAAAUAGUGAAGUCUGUUUACAUAUGAAGUUGUAAGAUGGAGCGUUCUCAUCGUGGUGCUCACAUAACAGCUCUGAAGAAUGUGCUUAGCCAGCAGAUGAUCUGAUCCGCCACCCACUCGGAUGCUCCAAGGCAGUUUAAAAAAUAAAUGUUGAUACACUUCGAACAAAUAAAUACCGGACAAACUCUCUGAAUGUAUUUAAUAUUGUCUCUAUUUUAGUUCUGCUCUGAUGGUAUGAUGUGUAUUCUAAACUAAAAGGGGAACAUGUUGGAUAUUUACAAGCAAGACACAGUGAUAUGAUGAUGAGAUGUAAACGUAUCUGGGCUUAGGAGGGGGACACGUCUGAGAACAAUUAAAGGCAAGUGUGAAAUAUUACAUGCUGUUUUGCAUUCACUUAAGUAGUUAAACGGUCAUUGUUACAGUGUUAACAUACAAUCUUGCAAUGCUCUUUCAUAUAAAUGCAACUCUUUUGCUCCCAAAUUUGUAUCAAAUGGUGUAAUGUCUCAUAAAUAUUAAUUUCUAAGCUAAGCACAUUGUCAAGAUAUGUUGAAGAAUUGGCUCAUUGGAGAUUGAUAACACUAUUAUGUCUGUACAGUAAAUAUGAAGCAACAAUCAACAGCGGGUUAGCUUAGUUUACCACAAGGACUGGAAACAGCUAGUUUGGCUCUGAGUCAAACAAGCACAAACCCCCUUUUUUACACCACAUACAGAGCCAGACUACUUUCCCCCCCAUUUUUAAACUUCUAAUGCUAAGCUAAGUUAACCAACGUUCAUAACUUGCAUAGCCACAUGAGAGUGCCAUUAAACUUCUCAUCUAACUCUCAGCAAGAAAGCGAAAAAGCCUCUUUCCCAAGAUGUCUAACGAAUCCUUUAAAUAAAUAAUUUUUUUUAUCUAUUUUAUGAUUUAUUAAACGUUGACAGAAUUAUGGGCAAAGUCAGCUUUCUUUGCUGAAGUAGCUAGUUGGGAUGAUACUGUUAGAUGGAUAGGUGACAGACACAAUAACAGGAAAACCUUUCAAUUUAACGCAAGUCCAGAACAUCACCAAAGACGUCAAUUUCAAAAAUAGCCUCCGAGUUCAAUCAACACAUCUCUGACGCAAUCUCAACAAUAACUGAAUACUUGCAGCCUUAAGAGAAAUAGUAUUCAUUCAUCUAUUGAUUAGGAUUGCAUUACAUUGAAGGAGUCCCUGUGGUUCAAUUUGGGGUUUUGGCAUGCUAAAAGCAUGCAGUUCUCUUUUGAAAUAACGUGUGUACAUUACAUUACAGGUCAUUUAGCGGACGCUCUUAUCCAGAGUUGGUGUUGUAUUUGGAAACCGUACCACUAGACCACUAGGUCAUCACCACCCAUGUUGUAUAUACCGAACAGAUGACAAUUUAUUUCAUGUGAAAUUUACAGUACAAGUCACGACUGACUGACUUUUCUCUAUUUAGAGGAGUGUUUCAGUUGCACUUGGCUCGUAACAAACAUGUGCUCCCACGGCUGAUGCCUUACUUUUAAGUGUGAUCACACUGGGGCUCAUUUCAGAGACCAUGGGAAUACACACACACACACACGCACACACACAAACAUAGAUAUAUAUAGUAUAUA